AUGGUUCAAACACCUCGCGAACUAGGCGGCUUUGUAGUUCUUCCCCUCCGUCUACCAAAGACAGACGCCUUUCCUCGAGAAGCCAUACACUACCUCUACCUCAAGCCGCACGACCCCAAAAUACCUGAAGAAGACGCGCCACGGUCAUUGUUCCUCGUCAACAUCCCCAUUUCCACGACAGCGCCUUUACUGAAAGAUCUAUUCGCAUCAAAACUAGAAGGAGGGCGGGUCGAGAGGGUCCACUUCUCAGAUACGGCGACGUCGGACAAGAGCCAUGCGCCCGCCGCGAGAAGUCGCAAGCGCAAAAGAAAGACGGUGGAAGAACUAGAGGCGGGACUGGACACACAUUCUUUGCCGAAGGUGUUUGACACUGAGAUCCACGAGAGCGGUGCGACUGCUGUCGUUGUCUUCGUGGACCGACCUAGCAUGGAGCUCAGUCUGAAAAGCGCCCGCCGCGCCGCGAAACGAGGCACACCGAUCUUAUGGGAGGCUCGUCCCGAUGCCACCACCACCACCCCCUUGGGUCUGGCACGGUGUGAACGCCAUAAAAAACUGCAGUUCCCGUCGCGGAAAGACCUCCUCAGAUCAGUAAACGCAUACAUGACUGCUUACUCGGCUCUCGAGGAGUCGCGCUCUCGAGAGAGUGCACGGAAACGCGCCGAGCCAGAUGAGGACGGCUUUGUGACGGUCACGCGCGGCUCGAGGGGCAGUGUGCGUAUGGAUGAGGCAAAGGAGGUUGCGGAGAGGCAGAAAGAGAAAUCUAAAGGAUUGGAGGACUUCUACCGCUUCCAGAUGAGGGAGCGAAGGAAAUUGGUGCAGGAGGAUAUGGUCAAGAGGUUUGACGAGGAUAAGAGGAAGGUGGAAGAGAUGAGGAAACGAAGGGCUAGAGUGGGAGGGAGUUGA